AUGAGUAAUAACAAGCCAUCGAAUAAUAACGAGCCUCCAAACGAUCCAAGCGAGCCAGACCGGGAAGAAACAUCAGAUAUCAAAACUCCAUCAAGCAAAAAUACCCAAUUUCGAGCUGGAUCCCUUACUGAUCCAUUUUUUACACCCAAUUUUGAUGAUAAUUCCCAGGAUGCUAAAGAUAAUUCUAUUGCCAUUUUCGAAUUUGAUUGUAUAUUCUUAAGUAAUAAAUCUACUUAUUGUAAUUAA